GUUGAGUAGCAGCACCAAGAAUGCAAUGGCGAAUCCCUAGAUGGCGCUACACGCUUAAUCGGCAUGGCAAGCGCUUCGAUUUUUGUCUGUGGUUUGUUAUAGUUCCCCAUUUUGCGUUGGUUUAGGUGAAGUGAAAAUUGUGCUAAAGCAUUUUUAUGUAGUGUUGAAGCAUUAGAAUUAAACAAAAAUGGAGAAAAGAAAGGAAUCUUUAAGUGAUAUAAAACUGUGUAGAUUUUGUUUAACUCAGGACUCAUCAUUGACCAGUUUAUAUGAUCGAAGUCGGGACCCCAUAUUGGUGACUCUACCUUUGAAAAUUAUGGCAUGCGUUUCUAUCGAGGUAUUUCCAUCAGAUAAAAUGCCCUCCUACAUCUGUGAGCGCUGCAGGGUGUUCAUGGACAUUUGCUAUGACUUCAAACAAAUUUGUCGGCGGGCUGAUGAGUCAUGCCUACAAUUUGUCCAAAAUGGGGUCCCUAUCAGUGCUGUUAAUUGGCCUUCUUCUCUUACGAAGAUAUUUCAACUGACGAAAAGAACAGCAUCUAGGCCAAUUAACACUGUAGUAGAAGGAGGAGCAACAAUUGCAGUUACAUCUCAAGAUAUGUCCGAAAAUGAUAAUGAAGAAGAAGAGACAUUCAAUAUAAAGAUUGAUGCUUCCCGUGAUGGAUCCAAGCGUAUCAAAGUAACACCUAGUGGAGACAAAGAAAGUUCAUCUGCUAAAAAAGCAGCGGUAACGAAGGGUGUGAUGGUGCGCGUGCGUCGGCACUCGAGCGGGCUGGGCUCGUGGCCGUGCGACGAGUGCGACAGCAGCUACUCGCUGCACCAGCUGCUCGACAUACACAAGGCCAGGAAGCACCGCGCCAGAAAUGUACAAUGCGAACAGUGCCAUGCUAAAUUUUUCUCCAAAUAUGACUUACUGACACACAAAUUACGGCAUUCCAACGAAAUGCCGUUCCAAUGUGUUGCUUGCGAUAAAAAAUUCAAACGGCUUAUUUUGCUUAAAAGACACGAAAAGAUGAUGCAUUCUAAUUUACCGCUACAUUUGUGCGAAAACUGCCCCGCCACAUUCCUGUCCACCGUGGAACUGGAAGCCCACAAAAAAAGGCACGAGGGCUAUGCAAAUCGGCAACAUGUCUGCACAAUAUGUGACAGAAAGUUUCACAAAAGAAACACUCUCAUUCGGCACCAGGACGUCGUGCACGGGAACAAACAGUUCUCUUGCGAGUAUUGCCCCCAGCGAUUUACGUCCGUGUCCAAAUUAUCACGACACGUGAGGGCACACGCCGGCGACCGGGCGUACCCGUGCAAAUACUGCAACAAGAGCUUUGUAAAGUCGCAUCAUUAUACCAGGCAUCUCCGCUUGAAACACGAAGAGCAAGUGCGGCAAGCGCGCGGCGGCGACGCGGAGUUCCGCUGCGAGCAGUGCACCGAGAGCUUCAGCACCCAGGACGAGCUGUACUACCACUCGGCCAUCCACGCCACGCAGAACCUCACGUGCCCGCUCUGCCAGGAGAAGUUCGAGAACGUGGACGCCGUCACCACGCACAUCAGGACUCACGUCAAUGGAAUAGAGUUCAUGUGCGACUUCUGCGAGUUGGUGUUCACGUCGAAGGAGAAGCUGGACGCGCAUAUGAGUGCGGCGCACGACGACGAGGCUUGGCCUGGCAAGGAGAUGGACGAGUCGUCGCUGGAGGCAGACGCGAUGGACGCGGACGUGGACGAUGACGACGAUGACAAUGGACUCAAUGUUAAAGAGGAAGGCGACCAUAUGGUGGUAGAAAUUAAGAAAGCGGAUGGCUAUAUGCUAAAGAAAGAAAUCGAAGUUGGACAAAUCGUUACUACUAACUCGGAAGGUUCAGGUGCGAGUGUGUACACAGACAGCGACGCGGUGGAGUGCGCGGAGGCGCCGCGGGAGCCCGCGCGCCGCCCGCCGCCCGCCACCAAGUCCGAGGCCACCUCCUCGCGCCUGCCCGCCGCCAACGAGAGGAUCAGCAUUUUGCGCAAGGCUGAGGCAAUGAAACGCAAAGCAGUUGUAAAAGAAGAGUCUGAUGUGCCCCAGAAGAAAGAGAGGACUGCGAAAGUUGACAGCACCACCAACAACGCCGGCUCCAGCGACAAGUCUCUGCGCAUACUGGAAAAGGAACUUCAAGAGCUUAAAAGGACUACUACAAGAGUAGAAGGCAAGCCAGCAAAAGCAGCGGAGGCGAAGAGCAAACGGCAAACCGUUCAUACUUCGACGCCAAAACUGAGAGAAACCACUUGGAUUACUGAAUCUGGUGACGAAAAGAAAGCACAAACUACACCCAAGCCCACGACAUCAGUGGAAAAGAAGCCUGUGGAGCGCCGCAUUCUCAACAAGGAUCCUAAAGAGGCCGUGGCCAGGAACACCGUCACGAGCUCGAAGGAUGACAAGAACGUCUCCAGCACCAAGGAAGACAAACCCGUCGCGGACCGUGACGACGCCGCCAAGGACAACAAUAACAAGAAGAGCAGCAGGGAAGAUGAAAACCCGCACGAGAAAGCCAAAAUGGCGGACAAGAAUGUAGCCGAGAAGGAAGAGAAAGGCGCCAGUAAAGAGGCCAAGGGUAAAGUUACGAAGGAGGACGUACCUAGCUCCAGCAAAAACGAGGCUAGCUCGAGCACCAAGACCGAAAAGAGCGCUCCCGCCAAGAACGAAGACAAGACCGUCAAGAACGGCGACACCAGCGGCUCUGAAGACAGCUCGGUACGUCGAUCAACUAGGCCAUCGAAAAUCAAAAACUAUGCCAGCAUGAUUCGUGACAGAACACGGAUGAUUCGAGACGAGGAUGAUGAUGAAGAACUUUCGGAUAUGGACGAGGAAUUCGUUGGACCAGAGCCUGAUAGUCAAGAGCCGCCCGCGCGCAAGAGUCUCCCCAAGCGGCAAAAGUCGGCGACUCCCGCCCCGGCCGCCGCCAGCACGCCGGUCGCCGCCCCCGCCGCGCGGCGCCGCGGCCGCCCGCGCAAGGACACGACUCCAAAGGAAAGCGUUGAAGACGCUGAAGUAGACACUCCAACGGUUAAGGAACCUGAGAAGAAACCAGAGGAACCCACCAAAGAAUCUGAAGUUACGAAUAAAGAAAUUCCUGCAGAAACCCAAACCACUCCGAUACAGCCAACGACGCCGCCCACGAGCACCGAGCCGCAAGCGAAUACGCUAAUGUCGCCCACGGGACAAACAUUGAAAAAAGUGCCUGUAAAAGCUUUACCGCCGGGAGUUAAGCCUUUGCCGCUUCCCCUUAACGCAAGACCAGGCGAUCUAUGUCAAAUGCAAAUUGGAAAGAAAAUGGUGAAGGUGCAGAAGAUCGUUAUGACCAAAGCGGAAGUUGAAGCGAUGGCCAAGAAAGGGCUUUUGGAGUUAAAGGACGGGACCAUGGUGCUGAAACAGGGCAUCAAGCUGCCGGGCGGCGACCCAGCCGUCCUCAGGUCGGGGCUGGUUAGCCAAGGAGGUGAGUGACGCGCGAUUCGAAAAGUGUCAGCCACUCCGACGCGGUGUAAUUUUGAAGGCGAAGAAGCAUAAUAACUUCUUUAAAAGACCGAAGUAAUGAUUGUCUUUUUAAGCGUAUCAUGAGCUCUAGCAAAGAAUUACGUGCGUAUCUAUGGCCAAGCAAUAAGAAGGUAUAGAGGGAAAUGCUUGGAAGACAACUUUUGACUCCGUAAUUUUGUUUGGACUAGUUAGGAGGUUAUCUUAUACCUUUAAACGAGCAAUUCUUGUAUAUAUAUAUGUAUAUAUAUUUCCGGGAUCUCGGAAACGGCUCUAACGAUUUUGCUGAAAUUUGGUAUAUGGGGGUUUUUGGGGGUAAACAAUCGAUCUAGAUUAGUCUUAUGUUUGGGAAAACGCGUGUUUUCGAGUUUUCAUGCGUUUUUCUUUCGACGCAGAAUAUGAUCGCUAAUUUCGUGUUACCGGCCACUGUCCGUCUGAUCCAGCGGGUUAAGACGCGGACUGCUAAACGAGUGUUACGGGUUCGAAUCUCGCCCGGUGACUAACUUUUUUUUUUUAUAUGUUCAAGUUUAUAUAUAAUUUUUUAAUUUUUAUUGUUUUAGACAAGUUUAAUGUAGUAAAAAAAUGUAGAUAAGAUUAUCACCUAUACACCACCAUAUUACAAUAAAUAGUUAUAACCGAGCAAUGCUCGGUCGCCCAGGUACUAAAUACUUAAAUACAUAGAAAACACCCAUGACUCAGGAACAAAUAUCCAUGCUCAUCACACGAAUAAAUGCCCUUACCAGGAUUUGAACCCGGGACCAUCGGCUUCGUAGGCAGGGUCCCAAUAGGCCAAACUGGUCGUCAAAAUUAAUUCAGCACCUCCGAUUUAUACCAAACACGGCCUAGCAACUUCAGUGAUGUAGAUAUCAAGAUAAAAUUGAGAGCCCUAGAUCAGCUUUCAAGAGCGGAUAUCUCACAAAACCUAUACAAUUAUCGAAAAACUUGACUAAAUAAAACUUGUAACAAAUUUAAUCAACUUUCAUUUUAUAUAAGUGGCUAUGAGAUAUAAUCGAAAAACCGCAAAAAGGGAUCUUCAAAACCCCCCCUCUCCCCGACAGCUCAAGGGCUACAGCCGGAGACUUCGGGGACCUCCUAACUAGCCCAAACAAAGUUACGAAGUCAAAAAUUGUGUUCCAAGCAUUUAUUUAUUGAGCAUUCAUUGCCUGGCCUACUACCAUUCUCGAUGUGAUUCUAAAUAAUGAAUUUGCAUCUUAUUAGGUUAGGCGCUUAGAUUAUGUUACUUUAUAUACCUAAUUAUUAGUUAAUUUUACGAAAGUAUUUUGUUUAAAAUUAUACAUCGUUUUUUUAGCAUAACAAAACGGGUUAACAAUCAUGAUGUAUCUUUUUAUUGAAAAACGCUCUAAAGAAAUAGUAACUUUUACUUAUGAAACCAAAAGAAUGUAUAUUAACAUGUACAUUCCAUAUUUGCUGUAACUUAUUUUUCGAUAAAAAGACACGUCAAGAUUACCAUUUAUCUAAUGCUAAAAAACGAGGUAUACAAGUACCAUUUAGACUGUGUGAAUCUUAUUUUGAAGAACGUAUCUGAAGGAGUGAACGUAUCAUACAUAUGUAUGUUAAAUAUUAAAUGACAUAAUCAAUAACCGUAGAGCUCUUAUGUAAUUGUGGAAAAUCAAUAUUACUACACAUGAUCUUGUAUAGAAAAAUUAAUGCAUCAUCAAGUAAUCUCCAUGUACUAUUAUAUUUCAGUAUUUAUUGCAUUAUUUAAUUUGUUUCGUUUUGCGGUAGUAUUGUGGAUGUUCAUCUUGACACUUCCUUGGUAACUUUUCGUGAACAGAGGGCUUACCACGAAAAUCGAAUUUUCGCUAUAUUGCUCUCUACCCUACCGCUCUAAUUAACUAAAGCGAUAGAGGCAGAUAAGGUAUUCUCGUUGUUCGUGGUAGGCAUUCAAUCAUAAUAUUCGUCGAUAUAAUCGACUGUUUUUAAUGAAUAUAUUUUUUAAUUAUGUCGACUAAUUUAUACAGAUACAUAUACCUUGAGGGUCUCAACAGAAAAUAAGUAAUUUUAAUCAAUUGUUGUCUGUAAUCGAAUAAACUAAGGAUCCAUUUGAAUGCAAAAUACCUAAUUACUAUGUGAAACAUGGAAUAAUUUAGUUAUGAAUUUUAAAUAGUGUACAUUCAUUUGUUUAGAUAGUAAGGAUGACGAUAAAAUAAUUAUAUAAUAAAGGUGCAUGCUGCAACAAUA